AUGGCCGCUGCACCUCCACCUGACCUGGUCGACGCAGAGAUGGCGGCCAGCUCCAGUUCCAGCGCUGGUUCCAGUUCCAGUCGAUCCAGUGCCAACACAAAUACCCACAGCAGCACCAUCGUCACUGCCGCGGGCUCCGACCGCGACCCCGCUCCCGCGCCUGCUCCGUUCGUGCCGGUCGAGGUAAUCCAGGCCCAGUUAGGUUUGAAUGGGGCAGGCACAGGCGUCGCGGGGCCCGAUUUAGUGCCAGGGCCAGGGCCAGGGCCAGGGCCAGGGCCAGGGCAAGGGCAAGGGCAAGGGCAAGGGCCUCAGGUAGGCUUGGGGUCGGGGCCCGGACCCGUGGAGUCCAUCUUCCCUCCGCUGCACAACAACGCGGGCACAGACACGGACUCAAUCGCAUCUGGCACCUCAGGUCGGUCGCGCUCGGCUGCUGUUGGCAGUGCUACAGCCAUGGCUGAUGACAAUGACGACGAGGAGCCGGCCGUGGCCCGGCCGUUUCCGAGAACCUCGAGCCCUAACCUGACUGCCCGUCCGGGCGCCGACACUGUCGAUGACGAUCUGGACGACGACGGCGGCGGCAGCGAUGAUGCGACCCUGCCCCGUCUUGGCCCAGGCAUGCUGCCCCGGCCCCGGCUGCGGCAGAAAAUGCAUCGCUUCAGCCUGUAUGAGACGGCAAGCCGCUUCUACAUCGUUGGCACCGACGUCACGGAGAAGCGCUAUCGCAUCCUCAAGAUCGACCGUACCAGCAAUGACUCCUCGGAGCUCAGCAUUACCGAGGACAAGACGGUGUACACGCAGAAGGACAUGAGCCAGCUGCUCGAUACCAUCGACGACGGCAACAAGGGCACCGGCGGCCUGAAGCUGCGCUGCACCACCUGGGGCCUGCUGGGCUUUAUCAAGUUCACCGGCCCUUGGUACAUGCUUUUGAUCACCAAGAAGAGCACUGUCGCCAUGAUCGGCGGCCACUAUGUCUACCAGAUCGACGGCACCGAGCUCAUCCCUCUGACUUCUCCCGACUUCAAGAUGGACCAGCGCAACACCGAGGAAUCGCGCUUCCUAGGCAUCCUUAACAACCUGGACCUGACCCGCUCCUUUUACUAUAGCUAUUCAUACAACAUCACCCGCACCCUCCAGCACAACAUUACACGGGAGCGGAAUGCCAUCAUCAGCGGUGUUCCCUGCGCGCCAGACGACGACCUGAACACCAUGUUCGUCUGGAAUAACCACUUGCUCCAGCCGGCCCUGAAGUCCCUCAGCAGUCCGUACGACUGGUGUCGCCCCAUUAUCCACGGCUACAUCGAUCAGGCGGCCGUGUCCGUGUAUGGUCGAAAUGCACACAUCACCAUCAUUGCCCGCCGUAGCCGUUUUUUUGCCGGUGCACGGUUUCUGAAGAGGGGCGCAAACGACCUGGGCUACGUGGCCAACGAUGUCGAAACGGAGCAGAUUGUGUCUGAGGCCGCAACCACGUCCUUUCAUGCCCCGGGCCCCAAGUUCUUUGCGAGCCCUGCGUACACGUCGUAUGUGCAGCACCGUGGCUCCAUUCCUCUCUACUGGACCCAGGACAACACGGGCGUCACCCCAAAGCCCCCGAUCGAGCUGAACCUGGUUGAUCCCUUCUACACGGCUGCUGCUCUGCAUUUUGACAACUUGUUCGAACGCUAUGGUGCCCCGAUCUAUGUGCUAAACCUGAUCAAGGCUCGUGAACGGACGCCGCGAGAGAGCAAGCUGCUUGAAGAAUACACUCGAGCCAUCGACUACCUCAACCAGUUCUUACCCGACGGCUCCAAGAUCAUUCACCGUGCCUGGGACAUGUCGCGUGCCGCCAAGAGUCGCGACCAGGACGUUAUCCAAACCCUGGAGGCCAUUGCUGAAGAGGUCGUCACCACCACUGGCUUCUUCCAAAACGGCGAUGGGCACACCAGCCCGAUACGCAUGCAAAACGGCGUAGCACGCACCAACUGCAUCGAUUGUCUGGACCGGACGAAUGCCGCCCAGUUUGUCAUAGGCAAGCGUGCUUUGGGCCAUCAACUUCACGCUCUCGGCAUCUUGGGUGAUACUAGUAUUUCGUACGACACGGAUGCCGUCAACUUGUUUACUCAUAUGUACCGUGGUCACGGCGAUACCAUCGCUGUGCAGUAUGGCGGUUCGCAGCUGGUAAACACUAUGGAGACGUACCGCAAAAUCAACCAGUGGACCAGCCAUUCUCGCGAUAUGAUCGAGAGCUUUAAGCGCUAUUACAACAACUCCUUCCUCGAUGCUCAGCGUCAAGAGGCGUAUAACUUGUUCCUGGGCAACUACAUCUUCGCUCAAGGGCAACCAAUGCUGUGGGAUCUAACCACGGAUUAUUACCUACAUCACGGUGAUCCUCGGACGUGGCUUGACAAGCCAAAGCCUCAUUACAUUCACUGGUAUACUCCGAAGUUCCUCGAAAAGCGUGUCAUGCCUCCGUAUCCGACCACCAAGCAUGCCGCAAUACCGUCUAAACCUUUGGUUGCCUACGACGAUUAUUGGAUCGAGUACUACCGCCCAGCUACGCUUUCAUCCUUCCCUAAAAUGUUCCCCUACAAAAUGAACUCCACCAUCAAGUACAUCCCCUUCAAAUCGACCCAGGAUGUUCGCUAUGACCUCAGUCCCUUUCGGGUGCGCAAUGAGACCGAUGCCGAAGCCCAAGACAGGAGGAAAACUGUGAUCAAAAAGGAAGUGACCAUCGUGGCACCACAAGAUCUCGCGCGCAUGGCCGACGACACCGAGACGUCGUCUGUGAGCGAGAAGCCCCAGGGUUCCUCCUCACCUGCUGUCGGCAGCGCAAGUCGGACCCUUACUCUCCGCUGGCUUCAGCCGGGAGACAAGCAGCAAAAUGGGCUUCUUCAUCAUACUAAUCACCAAUCCCAUCCUCAUCACUAUCAUAAUAAGCAACAUAGCUUGUCGAAGGAGAUUUAUUAUGGUCCUUUUGGCCACAAUCUGGUUGACGAUAAUAACUCCAAACGCGGCUACCACCAGCAGCAAUACCAACAACAGCAACAGCAACAACAGCAAACUGCUUUGGACAAGGCCCGAGCCGCCCAAUUAACAUUUACCCAGGUCAUCCAUGCCAGCCUUAACCCAACUGUCACUCCCGCGGAAGCCGAAGACUAUGCUCGCUAUGUUAGCCACCCACACAAUCUUCCCUUGGUCACGACCGCGGACACCCCCGGUCCAGAGUCAGUGGAGCCCGAAUACCUCGAAUACGUCGAUGGCGCAUGGAAAUACGAAGGACUAUCGCUCGAUGCGGCAGUGUCCCAGUAUCCUCAAACCGAUGAUGGCAAAAGCGAUGCCGGUGGGAGAAGCCUUUACCGGGGAAUCAAAGAGGAAGAUUUUGCGCUCUACGCCGAGACAAUCAAGGUGGCCGAUAACCCAUUGAGCGUCAGUGAAGAGGAUGCUGGCAAGAAGCGUUAUCGAGCUUACCGGAAAUGGCUCAGGGGAAAAAGCUUGUUUAAGCAGCAACCAGUCGACUAG